AUGGUCGAUAGGCAGACGCCCAUUUUGAAGAAGAAGGACACGAAAAUACGGCUUGCACAAGAGGUGGGACUCAAGUUGGCAGUCACUCUCCGCCACCUGGCAAUCUGCCAAGCCAUUAUCGACACAUACAAACCAGAAGUGAUGAAGUGCCCCAAGACACCAGAAGAAUGGAACGACGUAGAAAAACAAUUCACCUCAAAGUGGAACUACUUCAAUUGUGUGGGAGCUCUGGAUGGGAAGCACAUCGCAAUCAAGAAACCCAAAGGUGGAGGAUCACUGCACUUCAAUUACAAGAAGUUCCACAGCAUCGUCCUCAUGGCCCUCUCUGAUGCAAAGUACUGGUUCCUGUUCGUCGACGUCGGUGCAGAAGGUGCUGGGGAUGGAGGAACCUGGCAGAAGUGCAACCUGGCCAGGGCCAUCACAAACAACCGAGCAGGACUCCCACAAGACAGAAAUCUGCCCGACGACGAUGAACCCAUCCCCUUCCACAAUUAG